CAGCAAGACGGAACAAAAUACCGAAAGUGCCAAGCUAAUCUAAUUUGCGCUGAACUAGCGGUAGAAAUUCAAAUAAUAUAUUUCCUUUUUUCGCAACGAAAACUUUUAAAAAAUGUCUAUUUAAGCUUUUCUUGUUUUAAAUGAUUUUUGUUAGUAUUCUUUCGUGGGUCAUCUUAUUUUUGUUCGGGUUUAUAUUUCUUUAAAUUUUAGAAAUGUUUUUCUUAAUCUGUCUCCUAAUUUUUUCAAAUUCUCUUCUCGCAAACUCUUUUUCUAAACCUUGCAAUGACACACAACAAAACCUCCAUGCUAAUGGAUUAUGCGACAAAUUUGUGACAUUUUGUGAUGGUGGACUUCCUUUUCAAUUUGAAUGCCCUGAUUUUUUCUUUUUUAAUCCUGUUUCAAAAUUUUGUGAGAGGAUCUAUGACUUCGUUGGCCUCAAACCUCAAAAAUAUCGAAAAAGCCCUUCUUCCCCGCCUUCUCUAGAAGGAUGUAAAGAUGAGGAAAAAUGCGUUACACAAACCGAAUUACCAACUAUACAACCAAAACUUCCACCUUUGAUUGUUCCAUCACUACAACUCCCGCCUUUGAUUGUUUCUACAACAGAACCUCCACCUUUGAUUGUUCCAGUGCCACAACCUCCUUUGCCUGUUUUUGGACAUGUUUAUGUGCCUCCACCUAGACUUGUUUAUGUGCCUCCACCUCAACUGGAGGAGCGUUUUAUUUCCGAAAAAUCUAGCGCCUUUGCCCCAAUGAACAGUCUUACGGAUGUUGGUCACGAUGCUUUUCUACCUUCUCCGCCUCUUUCUUUCAUUCAAAGUGGGUUUGCUCCAAUAAAUUCUCAUGUGGAUUUUGGUCAUGAUAUUUUCAACACUCGAAUCAAACGUUCGGCAAAUGAUAUUGACAAGUGUUUGGAGUUGUUGGGCAAUUAUUCAAAACCUUCAAAUGAAACGCCAUGUACUCAUGACGAAAUACCUGGUGGAUGUCGACAAUUUUAUUUUGCAUGCGUGAAUGGGACUAGAGUUGAGCGUUAUUGUCCUUUGGGUCUUUUCUUCAAUCCUUUGCGUGAGGUGUGCCAACGUCGUGAACAAAUUCAAACAUGCCUGCCGACUUUUCCUAAGCCUUCGCGUCCUUUUAAAGUUUCUCCCCGGAAACAGAUGGUGGCAACUUCUUCUGCAAGACCUGUACUUCCUUCUUAUUCUCAAUAUUAUCCUGAGAAGUUUUGUUCGGAGUUGCCUGAUGGAUUUUACAAACAUCCUCGUAAUCAUUCUCGUGUUCUUCAGUGCUUUUCUCAUCAACUUUUUGAGUAUCCGUCUUGCUUACAUGGUCUGGUUUUUGACGAGGUUCGUGGAGUUUGUGGUUAUCCUCCUGACUUUGCUACAAAAAAUGUUUCGGUGACUUUCUGUGCUGGCGGUCAUCAUCAUGGUGACCACGUUGCCCACCCGGAAAAGUGUACAUCGUUUUAUCGUUGUGUUUGGGGUCGUUUGUUUCCAAUGAGUUGUCCACUUGGGACUGUAUUUAAUUCUCGCCUCAGUGUUUGUGACUAUCCGAAGAAUGUGCCAAAUUGCAAUUGACUUUAAAAAUGUUUACAGACAGAUAAUUUUAUUUGUUUUUUACUUAAUUGACUCGUUUAUAUUGUUAUGUAAUAGAGACCGGAUUGGGAGGGUCGAACAA